UUAACACAGAAAUCCCUACACAGCACCAACAGCGUCAGCAUUUUUCUUCCCAUUCGAUUGCUCGUUGGUGCUUCCUUUCUUCUCUUAUCUUCUUUCCUCUCCUUUUUUGCUUGUUUGCGAAGUUUCUCUCUUGUUUGCGCCGAUGCUAAUCUCACCCAACCUUCUUUUACUCCCGUCAACCACCAUCUCUACCAUUCCGGUAAUGAUUUGAUCGAACAGAUAAAGUCUGUGGUACAUCGACACCCUGACAAACGCAUUGUAGAAACAAUUAAAGCUGGAAACAAAGGCUAUGAGGCAGAGAUCACUGUUGUUACUUAUUGCCAGAGCGGGAAAGAGAGUGAUGACAGGUCGAAGUUUCGGAUCCUUCUUAGUUUUAGGCAGCAUGGGAGGGAGCUUAUUACCUCUGAACUGGCAUGGCGGAUCUUGUCAAUCUUAAGUGAAGAACAGUUUCUACUCAAGAUGGACCGAGCCUCCCUAAGUAGUACCCUUGAAAAUGUAGUUAUAAAGGGAGUGCCAAUGGAGAAUUUGAAUGGCCGCAAGCUUGUUGAAGCAGGAGAGCUUUGUGAAAGGAGAAAUGGGAGAGGAGUUGAUCUCAACCGGAAUUGGAGUGUAGAUUGGGGUAAGAAGGAGAAGGACUACGAUCCAUAUGAAGAGAAUCCUGGAACUGCUGCUUUUAGCGAGCCUGAAACCCAAAUCAUACAGAAGCUUGCAAUAUCAUUUGAUCCUCAAAUAUGGGUUAAUGUGCACUCUGGUAUGGAGGCACUAUUUUUGCCAUAUGACCACAAAAACACAACCCCUGACGGAUUGCCAUCACGUCAAAUGAGAUUGUUGCUUGAAGAACUGAAUAAAGUUCAUUUCCACAAGCGUUGCAUGAAUGGUUCUGGUGGAGGUUCUGUCGGGUAUCUGACACGUGGGACAGCAACGGAUUACAUGUAUGAUGUUGUAAGAGUACCCAUGGCAUUUACCUUCGAGAUCUAUGGAGAUGGUACAGCCUCGACAAUCGGCUGCUUUAAAAUGGUCAAUCCAGUUGACCAUACCACCUUAAAGAGAGUUCUCAAUGACUGGUCUGCUGCCUUUUUCACAACUUUUAAGCUGGGACCACGUCAGCUAGAUGUCCAUACCAAGGUUGGUGUAUUUAAUUUGGACAAAUGGGUGUCCAUAGAUGAAUAUCUUGAUACUUACUUAAUAGGGAGGAGAAAUAGAUAUGGGAAGAAAAUGGAGUUGCUUGAGGUUGGAAUGCAGGAAACAAGAACAUAUUUCAGGCUUUUCUUGUUAUCCUCGGUACUAUUAUUUUUCAUGUUCUGUUCUCGAAUUUCAAAAACUAAGGGUGGCAGACUAAUUGUUUCGGCCAUACCUCUUUGACAUUAUACAUAGAAUACAACGUGAGGAAAGCUGCA